UGUAGUUGUGUAGUCUAUGCUCCUCCCGUCUGUCCUUCUUGAUUUAAGAAAAGGGUAUGCGCACCGCCUGGGGGACACGCUGAGGAUUUAGUCAUAUCUGGAGUUCUCUUCUAAAGACUUACGUUAGUUUCAUUACUAUAUGGAAAUGCCCGUCAUAUUGGAGAGGAAAGGACAAAUACUAUAACGUUAAGUACAAAAAUCGGACCUUUCCCUCCAAAUAAUAGGUAGCCUAACAUUGGUCUAUUAAGAAGUGGUUAUAGCGAGCAGUGGUUGGUUACCGGUGUUUCCAUUUUAAAGAACAGCACUCUGUAGUUUGUUUUGAAGCAGUAAACUCCUCGUAGGAUUUGGUGCCACCUAUGUUGCUUUGAAAGUGAAAACAACGGACUGUUUGUUUGGUGAUCUAGUUUUAAGAUGGACUUGAAGCUGCUUCUGCUAUCAGCAUUAUUAUUACUCAUCUGUCAGAGCCGUGCCCAGCAAGAGGGAAGUUACUGCAUUAAAGCCAAUGCUAAGUCCUGUGGAGAAUGUAUUCAGGUGGGAGAGAAGUGUGGGUGGUGCACGGACCCUGAUUUCCUGAAGCAGGGGGAGCCCACGUCUGCGCGGUGCGACGAGCUGGACUCCCUCAAGAAGAAGGGCUGCGCGGUGGACAGCAUCGAGAACCCCCGUGGCAGCGUGACCGUAAACGUUAACAAAAACGUCACCAACCGCAAGGACAAGUCCGAGAAGGUCGAGCCUCAUGACAUCACCCAGAUCCAACCUCAGAGGAUCACUCUCAACCUCAGAUCUGGUGAAGCUCAGGCCUUUGACCUGAAGUUCAAGAGGGCAGAAGACUACCCCAUUGAUCUAUACUACCUCAUGGACCUCUCCUACUCCAUGAAGGACGAUUUGGAGAAUGUUAAAAACCUGGGAACGGAUCUGAUGAGAGAGAUGAAAAAGAUUACAUCAGAUUUCAGGAUAGGCUUCGGGUCGUUUGUGGAGAAGACGGUCAUGCCCUACAUCAGCACCACCCCGGCCAAGCUGCUGAACCCCUGCACAGGGGACCAGAACUGCACCAGCCCCUUCAGCUACAAGAACGUGCUGAGGCUGACCAGCGACGGACAGCAGUUCAACAAGCUGGUCAGCCAGCAGCAGAUCUCUGGGAACCUGGACUCCCCCGAGGGCGGCUUCGAUGCCAUCAUGCAAGUGGCAGUGUGCGGGGAGCACAUUGGCUGGAGGGACGUGACCCGCCUCCUGGUGUUCUCCACGGAUGCCGGCUUCCACUUCGCUGGAGACGGCAAGCUGGGCGGCAUCGUGCUGCCUAACGACGGGAAAUGCCACCUGGAGAACGGCAUGUACACCAUGAGCCACUACUACGACUACCCUUCAAUCGCCCAUCUGGUUCAGAAGCUGAGUGACAACAACAUUCAGACAAUCUUUGCGGUCACCAACGAUUUCCAGGCAGUUUACAAGGAACUGAAGAAUCUGAUCCCGAAGUCUGCAGUGGGAACUCUUUCCUCCAACUCCAGCAACGUGAUUAACCUGAUCAUUGAAGCCUACAAUGCUUUGUCUUCAGAGGUGAUCCUGGAGAACAGCAAGCUUCCAGAGGGGGUCUCCAUGACGUACCAGUCCCACUGCAAGAACGGCGCCAUCGGGGAGGGGGAGAGCGGCAGGAAGUGCUCCAACAUCUCCAUUGGAGACGAGGUGUCCUUCCACAUCAGCGUCAAGGCAAACAAGUGUCCGCAGCACGGAAAUGCUGAGGUCAUCAAGAUCAAACCACAGGGCUUCACCGAGGAGGUGGUGCUGGACCUGAGGUUCAUCUGCGAGUGCGACUGUCACAGCAAGGGCCAGCCCAACAGCAAGUUCUGCAACAACGGCAAUGGCACGUUCGAGUGUGGAGCCUGCAGGUGUAACCCAGGGCGGAUCGGCAGAGAGUGUGAGUGCAGCACUGAGGACGUCAACAGCGACGACCUGGAUGCCAACUGUCGCCGCGACAACGGCACGGACAUCUGCAGCAACAACGGCGACUGCAUCUGUGGGGCGUGCGAGUGCAAGAAGAGGGAACACGCAGAGGAGCGCUACAGCGGGAAGUUCUGCGAGUGCGACAACUUCAACUGCGACCGCUCCGACAACAAGCUGUGCGGCGGACACGGCAUCUGUGAGUGCCGAGUGUGCGUGUGCAACGCCAACUACACGGGCAGCGCCUGCGACUGCUCCCUGGACACCUCCACCUGCCUGGCCUCCAACAAGCAGAUCUGCAACGGGCGGGGCACCUGCGAGUGCGGCACCUGCAAGUGCACUGACCCCAAGUUCCAGGGGCCCACCUGCGAGAUCUGCCCCACCUGCCCCAGCGUCUGCACCCAGCACAAGGAGUGUGUCCAGUGCCGGGCCUUUGGGACGGGGGAGAAGAAGGACACCUGUGAGCAGGAGUGUAGCGACUUCAAGCUGAUCAAGGUUUCGGACCAGUCCAAACUCCCCCAGCCUGUGCAGAGCUUCCCCCUGGUGCACUGCAAGGAGCGAGACACCAACGACUGCUGGUUCUACUACACCUACGCCGUCAACAACAACACGGAGAAGGAGGUCCAUGUGGCCGAAAAGCUUGAGUGCCCGGCCGGCCCCGACAUCAUCCCCAUUGUGGCGGGCGUGGUGGCGGGAAUCGUGCUGAUCGGCCUUGCGCUGCUGCUCAUCUGGAAGCUGCUCACCAUCAUCCAUGACCGCCGGGAGUUCGCCAAGUUCGAAAAGGAGAAGAUGAAUGCAAAGUGGGACACGGGCGAGAACCCCAUUUACAAAAGCGCGGUGACGACUGUGGUGAACCCCAAAUACGAGGGCAAAUGAUGCAGCAGCAGCGGCACAACACUGCAUUACAGCACUGUAUGCAAGGGUGGGGGGGUAUGGGAUUAUGAAUUAUGGUGGUGUUGAGUCUGGUGGGUUAGUGGGGGUGCAAUUUGAGGGAGGGGUGGGUUUUUUUACUUUCACUUUCAUCAGUUUGUUUUUAUAGUCACAAUGAAAUAGCAGUGCGACUGGCCACUUUUUAAGUUUUACUAACAGUAGUUUUGCUCCUCUAUGCAUUUUUUGAUAAAUGUGUACUGUAUGUAUAAACUUGGAUUUUACUUUUACUUUUCGUUUUUUUUUUUUCAUUUUUCUUUUUUAAAAUUUUUUAAAUAAAUAUUUCAGUUGAAAAUUUUGCCACUGGACUGACAAGAUUAGUGCGGUUGAACUCGUACUUUCUGCAUGAGACCCAUGUAGAGAGUGAGAGUCAUUCUUCUUUUUUCUUUUCAUUUUUGAGCUGUUUUAUCAGAGCUCGGCAAGACCUGGGAGUAGAUGUUAAAAUGGUUUUACGUAGUGAUAGCUGGUGCUUUGUAUUGGCGUUGUUGUGUGUACAGCAAGUUGUUAAUGAAUUGUGUUCUGUGACAAGGCAGGAAGUGAAGACAUGGUCUCUUGGGUUAGGGUUAGAGUUUCUUUUGUCCUUUGUUGUGUGAGUAAAACAAUCAAUGAAAGUCGGGACAGAUAUGGAGGUGACUCCUAUCUUUGUGAGAGAAAGUCAUUAGAAAUAGAAUAGAAAUAGAAUAGAAAUGCCUGAUUUCUGUUAUUUUUCUAAUGUUUAAUUGUAAGGCCGUAAUGGAGGCUAGCACUGAAGGUCCAAGGAGCUGAAUUUCUAAGAACUCAGGUUUCUCACUAUUGUUAAACAUUGCCAAAAAUAACCACUUUGUGAGACAAAAUAGGCUCGUUUUAAUUUUAGUGUGUCAUAUUAGCCAUGGUAAGUGAACUUCAAAGGAUCUCAGAAUAUUUCCUGAGUCCCUUGUUAGAGAUUUGUUUUGUUUUGUUUUGUUUUUUUGUCCUCUAAUGUUUCUGUCACCUUGCUGUUUUCCAGUCAGGGUUUCUUCCGUGUGAAAGCUGAACUCAUUCAUGCCACCUUUUCCUGUUUUCAGACACCCGCUAAGGGAAGGCAUUAGUCUUCAGGCCCUCUUGCUGCACGUGUCACUGUCUUUUUUUAAAGUGCCUUUUUAUUUCAGCCUUCUGUUCACUUUUUUGCUAAACUGUUUCUGAAAUUUAUUUAUUAAAUAAAUUCCAAAAAUGACAAA